CCAAAAAUUAACAUGGUCACUUUUUUAGACACAAAUUAUGGUGAACCAUGCAAUAAUGAUAUUCAAUGCUUAGAAGAUCAUUCAAAUCUUAAGUGCAUUAACAAGGAAUGUAAAUGUCCAAAUGGAACCCAAUUUACUCUCGAUACAUUAACGUGCCAAAAUAGUAUGGGCGGUAUCAAUAAGCCAUGCUUAGUCAAUAAAAAAUGUUCAAUUGAAAAUUCAUAUUGCAAUCCGUACGGAAUAUGUAAAUGCAAAGUCAAUUAUUAUUAUACUCUUAAUGAUAAAUGCGAAUUAGAUAAAUCAAGAAGUAAUUGCAGUAAAGACGAUGUAUUUUUACAUACACAAAGCCGAACGCUUUAUAGACCCGCAAAAAAACCAAAUGACCCGUGUUUGAGUAAUAUUGAUUGUAAUGACGUCAAACACACUACUUGUCAGUCGAAUGCUUGUAAAUGUAUCAGAAAUUUCUAUGUAUCUGAAAAGACUGGAAAUUGUACCCGUUAUGCAAAACAACCAAACGACCGAUGCAUAGAAGACAAAGGCUGCCGUAAAGUAGAUAAUUCAAAAUGUAAAUCAAGAAUAUGCCAAUGUGAUGAAAAUUUUCCUUUAAAUUUGGCCACAAAAAAAUGCGAAAUUUUGCUAGGUCGAAAAUGUACAGAAGAUUCAAAUUGUGAUACUACAAAAAAUGUAGUUUGUUCAAAAGGAAAAUGUGUUUGCGAUGUAAAUCAUUUCGAAAAAAAUUAUACUUGUGUGUUAGGUAUUGAUGGGUACUGUAAAGAAUCUGAAGAAUGUUAUGUAAAUAAUUCACUUUGUCAAAAUGACAGAUGUCAAUGUGCAGUGAAUUUUUAUGCAUCGAAAAAUAAAUCUUUGUGUAUUGCAAAUGCCAAAGCUCUGUAUGAUUACUGCGAAAGCGAUGAAAGCUGUCAAGAAAUGGAAAAUACAGAAUGUUCGAAUAAUAAGUGUCAAUGCAAGCUAAAAUUUGUUGAAAAAGACGGAAAAUGUAGAUCAUUAUAUUACUGUGAAGUAAAAAGUGACUGUCAGCAGCCAAAAUAUUCAGUUUGUAGAAACAACAGAUGUGUUUGUUCACUAAAUAGAUAUUUAUCGUCUAACAAUACAAAAUGUAGUAGCUAUGCCAAAAGUAUCGGAAGCUCCUGCGAAGAUGACAAAAGAUGCGCACGUGUCAAAAACACAAAGUGCAUAGAGAAAAAAUGCGCUUGUAUUGAAAACUAUUUCGAAGAUAACAACAAAUGUAAAGGCAUCAUUGAUGCAGAGUGUUCUGAAAAUUCAGAUUGUAUAGCCGAUAAUUCUUUGUGUGAAUCGAAUAGAUGCAAAUGUUCUGAAAAUUUUCAUCCAUCUUCGGACAAACGGGAGUGCAGAAAAUAUGCCGAUCAUGUAAAUGAUCUUUGCGAGGACAAUGAUGACUGUACAAAAGUUAAAAAUUCAAAAUGUUCUGAAAAUGAUCAAUGUGUUUGUAAAAUGAAAUAUUUCGAAAAAGAUAACGAGUGCAAAGCAUUCAUUGGUACAAAUUGCACAGAGAAUUCAGAGUGUGGAGCUAAUAAUUCACAAUGUUAUUCAAAUGAAUGCGUAUGUUCUCAUGGGUUUUAUUCGUCUAUAAAUAAACAGGAAUGUAUCAAAUAUGCUGCAAAACCAAAUGAACCUUGCGAAAGCAAUAAAAGUUGUACACACGUCGAGUACUCAUAUUGUUCAAAAAGUAAUGAGUGUACUUGUAAACCCAAUUACCUUUUGAUAGACGAUAAAUGCCGCGGACUUAUUGGAGAGAAUUGUUCUGUAGAUUCAGGUUGCGGAGUAAAAUAUUCGACGUGCAAAUCGAACACUUGUACGUGUCCGAUAGAUUAUUAUCCAUCUAAUGACAAAACAAAUUGUUUUCAAUAUGCAAAAAAACUAAACGAUUUCUGCGAAACGGAUGGGGCUUGUCGUGAUGUUAAGUUUACAUAUUGCUCUGAAAAUAGACAAUGUACUUGUUUAAUGAACUAUACAGUAACGAACGACAGUUGCCGCGGGCUUAUAGGAACGAAUUGUUCAGAAGAUUUAGAUUGUGCAACAGAUAAUUCAAAAUGUGAAUUAAAUGUUUGUCAAUGUCUUCAGGGUUUUCAAUUUUCUUUUAGUAAACAAAGAUGCUAUUCUUAUAGCAAACAUCUGAAUGAUUUUUGUGAAACUAAUGAUGAUUGUAACAACCUCAAAUAUACGUACUGCACAGUAAACAACAAAUGUAGUUGUCUGGCGAAUUAUAUUGCAGUAGACGGACGUUGCGCAGGACUUGUCGGUGAAAAAUGUUCAGACGACAAUGAUUGUGCAGUUGAUAAUUCUAAAUGUGAUGAUACCACUUGCCAAUGCAAGGUUGACUUUUAUCUAUCUACGAACAAAGAUAAAUGCUAUUCCUUUGCUUCACAAGUUAAUGAUUUUUGUGAAACUGAUAUUGGUUGUCAAAAACUUGAUCGCACUCGCUGCUGGGAAAACGCCUGUACUUGCUGGCCGAAUUACACUAUAGUAGAUGGGAAUUGCCGUGGACUUAUAAAUGCAAAAUGCUUCGUAAACUCCGAUUGCUCCAUAGAAAGUUCAAUUUGUGCUUCUAACACUUGUCAAUGUCCUAUCAAUUUUUAUCUUUCUGCAGACGAAAAACAGUGUCAUUCAUUCGCUAAACGUAAAUAAUUGCAUUUCAAUUUGUCAGUGACAAUAAAGAUUAUAGAAAUUUAUUUAGUUUGAAUUUCAGACAUAAAUGACUUCUGUGAAACUGAUGUUGGUUGUCGUGACCUAAAGUUCUCAUAUUGUUCCAAAGACAACAAAUGUACUUGUUUACUUGGCUAUAUAGAUGAUGAUGGAUAUUGCAGUGG